AUGUUUCUAAACAUGAAAGUAACAACUUGUGAACUAAUACGAAGUUUAACUUUUAAAAAGUUUACAGUUGUUAUUUUUAUUAGGUAAAAAAAUGUCAAUAGAAAGGAAGCAUGCAAUUGCAGCUAUAGUACUUGGAGGCAUUGAAUCAGCAAUCGGAGUAGUUUUAUCAAUUGCAUCGUCUGUAUUGUUUAGAAAAAAAAGUUCCUAUUUUCUCUAUUUAGCAUAUUGUGCCGGGCUCAUUAUUCUUAUUCCUGGAAUACUUGGUCUUGGGUCUGGUUUUACGAGAAACCGCAGCUGUAUGAUAGUAUUCAUGGUAUUGAACAUCCUUUGUUUCCUUGCUGAAAGUGGUUUAGUAGUGAUUUUAAAUUUUGGAUAUGUCGGAUAUUUGGGCCAACCAAGUAGAGCUAUGUUUUGUAUGUAUAGAAAAGAAGAAUCCACGUGCUUCUGCAGUUUUGAAACAGUGCGAGGAGUAAAAGAUUGCAAUAUCGCGUCAACAAUUUUUUCAACCCUUACUUUGCUUUAUGUAUUUGCUAGUUCCACUAUUAUAGUUGCAUUAUCUUCAAGUAUUCUUGGAUGUGUUGCUAUUUGUUGCAAACGUUGCAAUUGUUGCGAACCCCAAACUAACAAUGGUGUAACUGUAAUGGUACCCACAUAUUUACCACCUGAAAGAGGCAUCACCUUAUUGGAAAAUGGAAACCAACCACAUACAAAUAAGCAUUUAUAAGAAAAUAAUCAAAGAUUGCAGAUUAAUGCUUUUACUAUACGUUUGUGUCUUUAUUUUAUUUACUUUUGAUUUUGUGAAAUUAAUUUUUUUGUAAAAUAUAAAAAUGUUUACUAUUUAAGUGAAUAAUAGAUGUUUUUAAUAAUCGUUGUCAACAAUGAAGUUUUAAGGACAUUAUCGUUGACUGCAGAAAUGUUUUUAAAAUCUUAAUAAUUGAAGAGAAACCUUAUGAUAUCUCUGUUCCUUUA